AAUUUACAAAUCGUCGAAUUCUCUGAGUCUUAGAUCGUGUUUGCUUCACCGAAUCGAACAGAGAGAAGAUCUCAGAAGAAGGAGACGAGAAAGAGAGAGAGAGAGAGAGAAUUAGGGUUUAAAAGAGGAGAAAUCGAUAUUGGUGAGAAUUUACAAUGGCGGAGGAUCUGGUUCUAGAUACGGCGAUCAGAGAUUGGGUUCUGAUUCCUCUCUCCGUUGUGAUGGUUCUCAUCGGUAUUCUCAGAUACUUUGUCUCCAAGCUCAUGCGUUCUUCUCCAGCUCCCGAUGCUAAGAUGGUCAAAGAAGGGCAAGUUAUUAUCAGAGCUCGAAAUCUAAAAUCCGGUGCCAAUUUCAUACCGCCGAGAUCAUUCCGCACUCGGAGACUCUACUAUAGCAAUGAGGAGAAUGGUUUGCUACAUGUUCCCAAAGGCCAAGGCACAAACCCUCAAGCUCAGAUGUUUUCUGAUCCUAACAUGGCCAUGGAUAUGAUGAAGAAAAACCUUUCGAUGAUUAUUCCCCAGACGCUCACUUUUGGAUUUGUCAACUUCUUCUUCUCUGGAUUUGUUGCAGCCAAAAUACCAUUUCCACUUACUCAAAGGUUCAGAUCAAUGUUACAGAAUGGCAUCGACUUGAGCACUGUCGAUGUUAGCUAUGUGAGUAGUCGUUCCUGGUACUUCUUAAACUUGUUUGGAUUAAGAGGCUUGUUCAGUCUCAUUCUCGGAGAUGAAAAUGCCAUUGAUGACACACAACGUAUGAUGCAAAUGGGUGGGCUUGGAUUUGAUGCAUCAAAGAGCCUGAGUGCAGAGAAAGAUGGUCUCGACAUAAUUCAGCAUGAAUGGGCUCUACCUCGAUUUGAGCAGCGCGCAGAAUCCGUAUUAAGAAAACUCGUUAAGUAGAGACAAAGACGAUAAAUGUUGAAACCAAAAAAAAGCUGUAGAAACUUCGACAUGGAAUCGAAUCUGAACGCUUAAUUCUUCUAUUUCAGCUUGGUAGAUUCUGCUUCUGUCUUUCUUUUUUGCUUUUUUUUUUUUCUGAUUUUGUUGUAUAACAAUGCUCUCUCUAUAAAAUCUUCUCCAGGUACAAACAA